AUGCUACCCAAACAGUUCAAGAAGAACUUUGCAGACAAAGAAACAUCGUAUUUCCGAUCUGGUCCCUUGUUAGCCUGCGGCUUUAAAGAGAAGCAGUCACAAAUGAACCCUAUCUUUAUAUUAUCUAGCCACGCAUGGGCACGAGAUGUAGAAAUAAUUAGAAAUGGAAAGGCUAAAAUAAAGCCAGAAAUAAUUCAAAAUUAUAACAAAUAUAUGAGUGGAGUCGAUAUAUCCGAUAUGGUGUUAUAUACAGGUUAUGAUAAAAGUAAAUCAAUGAAGUAUUGGAAGAAUUUAGCGUUCAACGUCAUAGCCAGAAUGGCGUUGAAUAGCUACAUGCUUUACAAAGAAAAGUUUGCGGGACCAGGGAAAGUGAAAUCUCGAGACGCGUAUCACGUGGCCGUAAUCGAGAGUUUGGCGGAGGAGUGGAUGGCCACAAAGUCGACUACGAACAACUCUCAAGAAUCAGAGGAUGGAGAAACUUCCGGAAAGAAGGAAAGCCCGUAG